AUGGAGCCGUUUAUCUUUUAUGAAGAGUAUGCACUCGCUAUUUGUAAAACAUGUCAGUUUGCUGUGGUUAGUGACGAGUUAGCCACCCACCUACGGACACGCCACCGCCAUAUCCCACCGUCGACCCGUAGUAGCAUCGUCAAGGCCAUCUCUGGUAUAAUGGGCAUACGUACGAACCAGGCCAGUCUUACGCAGCUGCAGUAUCCCGACCCAUCAACAGCCCCCAUCGACCAUCUUACCGACCCACGCACGGACGGUAUCCAAUAUCACCGAUACUCCUAUAUUUAUCGCCAAACUCAAAGGAUCCAGGAUCACUACCAAAAACAUCACGGGUAGGUAAACGAUUAGAAGAAGGGCGGUAACGUAAGGGCGAGAUCUUAUUAAGAACGUAACAUACCGUAAACGUCCGGGCGUGGCUAACCGCUAGACCAAGCGCCGGAGGCGGUCGCCGAGGAGGUAGCAUCACGGCAGGCCACCAAGCUACUCCGUUAACUACGGCAGAACUAAGCCGAGCAGGUCAAGGCGAGCUAUGACGAUCUUAUCCGUGCUACCAACGACAAGCUCGAGCCGAACCCGUGGCUC